GACCCAAGUACGCCGCACUUCCCCAAUCCCCACCCCACGGGCCGCGGCGGGGAUCCCCGCCGAGAUCACGAGGCAUGGCGAUGGCGGCGCUCCCGGACGAGCUCAUCGACGAGAUCCUCUUCCGCCUCCGUCCGAUGACCCCUGGUGCUUCUCAAGCGCCUCCCUCGUCUGCAAGCUCUGGCGCGGCCUCAUCUCCCACCCCACCUUCCUCCUCCGCCGCCUGCGCGCGCUCCGCCGUGCAACCCCAAUGCUGCUGGGGUUCCUCCUCGAUAAGGACGGGGACUCGGUCGACGAGGACGCCCUCGCCUUCUUCCCCACCUCCGCCUUCUCCCCCCAGUCCCCGACCGCCGCUCCUGGUCGCCGCGCGACUGCCGCCACGGCCGCGUCCUCUUCUGCUCCACGAGCCAUGACGCCAGGGGGAGUUCCUUGUCUGGGAGCCCCUCACGGGCAUGGAAUGGGUCGUGCCGGUGCCUGCGGAGUACGAGCACCGCUACUCCAACUCGGCCGUGGUCUGCGCGGCCGACGGGUGCGACCACCGCGACUGCCACGGAGGUCCCUUCCGCGUGGUCGUCCUAUUUCCCGAGAGGGACGGCGACGAGCCGAUCACAUGGGCGUGCGUCUACUCCUCGGAGACUGGCGCGUGGGUUGAGCUCACCUCCCUCCACCGCAUCUGCUCCGACUCCGCUUGGUCCAGUGUGCUGGUAGGGAGCUCUACACUCUACUUCCUCACCGAAGUCGGAUGCAUCCUCGAGUACGACAUGUCCACACACAGCCUAACUAUGAUCGACCCACCUCAUGCGCACCACCCGGGUUACCUAAGCAAUAAUAUAAUGAUCCUCAUGGUGGCGGAGAACGGUGGACUGGGAAUGGCCGAAGACGACAAUUGGGUUCUCAACCUUUGGUCAAUGGAGGUGACUAAGAUGAGUGACGACGGUCAUGAAAAAUGGGUGUGGGUGUUGCGCCGGAAGAUCUACAGCCUUGGCCGUUUGCUCCCAGACCGGAUCAUAAUGGGACCAAUCGGAUUCGCUGAGGAAGCGAAUACCAUUUUUAUGAGCACCACUGCUGGCAUCUUUGUAAUCGAUCUCCAGUCAGACCGGGUGAAGAAGGUGUGCGACCAUGAAUUCUCCUGCAACAUUUUGGUUCCAAUCGUCAGCUUAGGCCAUGCACUCCCGACACCUCGACGCGAGUACCACUACCCACCGUUGCCCAACUAUAAUGAGGAGGAGGAGAAGGAGGUGGUGGUGGCGGAAACACUAGAGCAGGCGCAUGAGCUCUUCUUAAAGGGGCGCAAGGCCAUCAGGCAGCGGGAUUUUGUCAACGCUAUUGACUGCCUCAGCCACGCCCUCGAGAUCAGGGCUGCACAUUAUGGUGAACAUGCUCCGCAGUGUCUUACCACGUAUGUCAUAUAUGGAUGUGCCUUGCUACACAAAGCUUGGGAAGAGUCGGCGAAGCGUACAACCAGCAAAACUUUUGCUGGAAACUCAAAGACCUCUGACGGCGAUGUUGACGGUGCCCCAUCUUUGGAGGAAGGUGAUACUGAAGAAGGGCAAAACUCAAAUGUCAUAGCUCAGGAAGAUAGGAAAGGUUAUGGUGACAAGGCUCAUGGUGAGAUGGCAGGUGAUGAAGAGGAUUCUGAUUUGAACCUGGCCUGGAAAAUGUUGAAUAUUGCAAAAACAAUAGUUGAGAAGAUCCGAGGCAACAUUAUGGGGCGUAGCGUCUCUGCUCCGGGAAAAAGUGCAUCUGCUGCUGAAAGAAGCUCAAAAUCCAUUCAAGAAUAUGAGAUACUGCUUACUCGCUUAUUGGCUAAACUUGAGAAGAAGCUUGAAGACGUGGAGCAAGCAAUGUCAACCCCAAGUUGUGCCGCAGUUGAGAUUAUGAAGAGGGUUGCCCCACAGGCAGAGCAGAAUGUUGACAGUGCUGUGUCAAGGGCUGCAUCAUUGACUUCUUCACAUAUGGCCGGAUUAAACAACAGCUUUGACUCCCCAGUCAUGCCUACAUCUUCAACAACAGAAAGUGCUGGGAGUAGUGUAACUGACCUAGGCGCUGUAGGCAGAGGCAUCAAACGAGCUAAUGUUGAGCCAUCCUGUGCUGAACCUUCUCGGAAGAGACUUGCAGUUGCAGCAGAUGAUUCACCAUGAUAGCAGCUAGAUAAAAGUUGUGAGAUUGCAAAAAAUAUAUGCCUGGAACUUCGAAUGAAGAUGUUCCAACUCCCAUUUUCUGUUCCUCCAUAUUCGUCUGCUGAUACGGUACAUAAAACUUGCUGCAACUCAGUGUUUGUCGUUGGUAGAACCUGCACAAUGACGUUGCUUGUUUCUUUCAAAAACAUUGUUUGUUUUGGUCCAAGUGCGAAGUUUGAUCUCGUUGUAUGUCCUGAGUCGAUACAAAUCCACGUCACUUAUUUUGGGACGGAGGGAGUACUAUAUAUUUCAGGUUUCUGAACUACUUGUACAUUGGUUCCUUCUACUUAUCAGGUUUGAUUUGUGUACUCCUAUGUUCAUAAUGAGUAAAGAUACUAUAAAUUUCCCAUGAUGAUA